UUGAAAAACUGGACCAGUUAUUCAGAUGACAAGAACAGGGUUGAUGUUAUUUACUUUGACUUCUUGAAGAUUUUUGAUAAAGUAAACGACACCACGCUACUGUAUAAGCUUGAGCAGAUUGGUUUACAUUCAAGGAUUAUAUCGUGGACGAGGGGUCGACAGAACAUUACUGGUGUCAGAAUAGCUCCCACUGAUGUUCCACAGGAAGGCGUAUUGCCAUCAUUGUUAUUAAGCAUUCAUACGCAUGAUCUCCUAUGUUGUCGACGUUCAUGGGAGUUAAUGUUCAAGUCUGACCCUAUAAGCAUUCAGGAAGAGAUUGAUAUAAUUUCAUGGUGUAAAGAGUGUCAAUUUUGCUUUUUGACCAGUUAUAAGAAGCAGAGCAUUCCUUCCACAAGCGGUCUUAUCGGUAAAACCAUUAGAAAUGGUCACAAUGGACCCACUCAAUAUGCGCACUUGUCACGGGAACCGGUACAUUGUCACCAUUGUAGACCAUUUACAAAGUAUCUUGGAGCAUACCCCAUACCUGACAAGAAGGCUGAGACUGUAGCGGAAGCGCUGUUCAGUAACUGGAUCUGCGGUUGUGGUAGAUGGCCAGCUGCUUUGCUUUCCGAUCGCGGUAGCGAGUUCGAAAAUUCUGUCAUGGAAGCGCUGUGUUCAAUUAUGGGCAAUAAGCAAAAAUUCACUAAGGACUCUGCUCAAGGAAAAAAUAAAAGUUUGGUAUGA